AUGCAAACCUUUAUGAAGAUACCGCUGGCUACUGUGUUAUGCGGGCGGCUCUUACUGCUGAUUACCUUGUGUUCUGCAAAUGACAACAACAGCAGCAAACCACGUGACAAGGUGAGUUUCUUUAAUCAAACAUUGUAAUAUAUAGUGUAAUAUAUGAGGAGUAAAAGUCAGUCAAUGGUACCUGAACUAUUAACCUGAAAGAACUUAGUGAGGUAGAAUGAAUAAACGGUGAUUUUUCAUUUAAGGAUGCUUGACUGAGGUUGAUUGAUUGACUUAAUCAAUUGAUCAUGAAUUUAUAACGGAAUCGAAUUUUUAAAUUUUUCAUUCAGAGUAUUCCUCAACACACUUCACCUUAUGGUUCCUGUUGUCAUGGUGGGUGUUUCUGUGCACCAGGAAUUCCAGGCAUCCCAGGAAGCCCUGGACCCGCGGGACCAGCAGGUGUUGCGGGAUCACCCGGUAAUCAUGGACCUGAAGGACCCAUGGGCCCACGAGGAAACAAAGGUGAUGAGGGAGCUCGUGGAAAACCGGGAGCACCAGGCGUCAAAGGAGUUAAAGGACCUGCAGGCCCGGCAGGUCCACGUGGGGACAAAGGUGAAGCAGGUUCAGCUGGUUCCCCUGGAAACAAGGGUGAUACAGGUGCUCGUGGAAAGCAAGGUCCCCCUGGUCCCAAGGGACCUCAAGGACCCUCAGGUUCAGCUGGUUCCCCUGGAAACAAGGGUGAUACAGGUGCUCGUGGAAGUCAAGGUCCCCCAGGUCCCAAGGGUGCUCCAGGAUCGUUUGGUCGUAAUUGGAAACAAUGCGUUUUUAAGAAUCUGAACGAUGGAAGGGACUCCGGAUUGAUAAAGGUAACAACUGAGUUAAAUUAAUAAGUCUGGUUAUGACCGAUUCAAAAACUCAUUGUUCAUUCAUGGUUUGAACUGCUUGCCAACUGCUACCUGAGUAAGUUCUUGCUCUGUCUUGGCUUUAAUAGUUAUUUCCAGUCCCCUAUUAAAUAUUUUAAAAAACUCAUAUUUUAAAUAACUCAUUAAGAAAAAAGCAAAAGAAACUAUGUUUAAUGAGUGUCUUUAUAUCUGAUAAAGACAAGGCUAAACUUUGUCCUAUUGUUUAGACCAAAAUGACCCCAAAUCUAAAUAUUAGUGCAAGAGUAAACAAUCUAUAUCAGAGAUUUUGAAGCCGUUCAAAAAACACGCAGUCGUGUAUUCUCACGUUUAAAACUCGAGGCGAGUCAUUUGAGAAAAAAAAAUGCGUGUUUCGGAACUUGUGCCAGCUAUCCAUGGAAUGGUACAAAAUGCAGGGAAAAGGUCCAAUUUAUCAGUUUAAAAUAUGUGUAUAUUAUAUGUCUGAAUUUGAGUGGAAUUCGCAGUGGCGUAGAGCCCUUAACGCAAAUACGCACGUGCGUACUUGAGAAAUUGGUAGGACUUUUUUAAAUAGAUUUUCUGUCAUAAUUUAAAGUCAUUUGUAGCGUCGUGGCUUGACUUUGUAUUGUGCAGAUUUGUUUCUGUCUGUCUCGUUGUUAUUCCGAAUUGUUUUUACACGGUAAAUACAACAGUUUGAGAGGUGGAAUGAGAGAAAUUCGAAACAUUCUUGAAAUGAUUGCCUCCAGGCGAUCCCACAAUACAUUGCGUAUUGAUGAAACACGGAAAAGAAUUUCGGUUCAACUCGCUGAUCUUUCUUCUUUUGGCCAUUUUAAAGGAAUGCAUUUUCAAGAAAACAUCCGAUACCACAGGGUUGCGAGUCUUCUGGAAUGGAAAUCUUCGUCUCUAUGGCUGCCAUGGAUGCUGCAGGAGAUGGUAUUUCACUCUCAACGGUGCAGAGUGUUCCACACCAGGUGCCAUUGACGGUGUAGUCUACAUGGAAAAUGGCGCGAAAAAGAACUUACACCGUCCACGUCACAUUGAGGGAGUCUGUGAGAAAAUUCGCAAGGGUACUGUUCGCGUGGGCUUCUGGGUCGGCAAUUGUGCUAGUUACGGAUCUGCUGAUGCUUACACAGGCUGGAACUCAGUGUCCCGGAUAUACGUGGAAGAAGUACCUCCCCCACAGGCUUAAUAACAGCAGAGCCAAAGUUUUUGUUUCACUUUGAACAAUAAUCAUGAACAGAGUAAUAUUUCGGGGGUAAUCAGUAAGCAAACUGAAGUAAAUUUUGAUUAUUAGAGCCAGGGGUUUACUUUUUCGCAUUAAAUCUCUUUUGAAAGUGCAGGGUUUCAAGCUUCAGAAGGUUACAUUACAUAUUACAAGAUAACAACAAUAUUUGAGCGACUCUUUGUUAUCUCAAUAAAUAAAAGGGCUUUAAAAUAAAUAAAUUGCGUGAAAUAUGACUUUACUACCCUUCCCGACCUUUAUUUUCCCUUUGUUAUCUUCUUCCUGAUUCAGUUUGGUUUAUCAUUUAAGAUUAUUUUUCUGUGCAUAUUUUUUACAAUAAAGUAACAGAAGUCAGCAUCAAAUUCAGAGAGAGAAGUUAUCUUCAGCUGAAGGUACCAAAAAAGGGGCACUCAAUGACCGACCCUGUUUGGUAAAUUUGGAGGUUCCCUAAAUACUAUUUAUCUGUUUGGAUGUCUUAGGGGAAGUUUAAUCGUCUCAAAAGUUUGAGAUGGCGUUUUCGUCUCAUCUGCUCUGAAACUGUUAGCUACCCUGAUGGGGCCGAUCGUAAAUUUGAGGACAUGGAGUAGCCGCACCUUAAAUAGAAGAUUCUACUGCGGAACGUUCUGAAUUUUUACCGAAAUAUUUGGAAGACCUUCUUAAACAAUAAUCGUGCGCAAUAUCUUGGUAAUAAAAUGUGAAAAACGCAAACUCCCAAAUUGAAAAAAUCGUAUGAAACCGAACAUUUUAGAGGAAUUUAACUUUUAUCCACAAAAUUCUAGCCUUUCCCGAGCUUGAGAAAGAUUUCGAGGCAUUAUUUUCUCUUUCGAACCGAAAUUUGGCUCGAAUUUCAUUUUGAAAGUGCGGCCGUGGGACUGUUGUUCUAAAAUGCUACUGAUAAUUUUACGCGUAAAGAGCUAAAACUGAGCUCGUCUGAAGAACUAAGGUUACGGAAAUAAGACCGCGAUAAUAUAACGCUGAAUUCAGAACACUAAAAGUUUAGUCACAGCCACUUCGCCGCGGAUGCCAAACCUUCACUCAGGAAAUCAAAUUGUUGCUUGACCUUAUUCGCUUAAUGAGGGAAAAAUUUGACUGUCAAGGAUUUUUUGCCCGAUGUGGUAACAUUUGAGUCUUAAGGUAAAUUUAUUCCUUUGUUUGGGAAAAAGAAAAGUGUUUGAUCAGAGAUCAAAACGUUUGACUUAUUGAAGUAAUAUUGGAUCGGUAACUUUUGCGCAUUCCCGAACCUUAAAUGCUACAAUUUAGCAUCUGGAACACUGGAACUGCAGCCUGAUAGUCCCGCCCUUAAAAACGGAUGUUUGGGUCUUUUUGGCUAAGCAGAAGAGCUUCCUUUUGGCUUGACAGAAAACGGCUUGGCUAGCAUCAAAAGAGAUGUUUCAGCAAAAUUCCCAAUUGCAAAUGGGUUAAUAAUAAAAAAUAAUGCUGAUGACGAUGAUGAAGAUAAUGAUGAUAAUAACAAUCGAAAAAGGAGAAGCUUAUCAUUUAGUUCCGAAGUCCAUUUUAUUGCUGAAUAUACGGGUAAUUUGGAAGGUGAACACUGCUGUGGAUUUAGUUUAAUCUUUUGAACUCAAUAAUGAUGGUCAAUAGUGCUCAAAAUCAAUUUUCUCCUAACGAUAUCCAUAGACUAUCGUGAGCAAAGUCUAUGAAAAUUAACAAAAUGAUCACAAAGAGAAAAAUAUUUGAUCUUUUACCAAAUUCUCUCAACUAAUUCUUCAAGGAAAUGUAUGGAUAUCAGUUUGGAGAAUUUGUAUGUGGAUAUUGGGACUUAAAGGGUUAAGAAAUACAUUUGUAUCAAGGUCUUUAGUUAAACUGGGAAUUUACUUUUCCAGAAAGUUUCCAUGACCAUCCAUUAGGCCACAAGGAUUAUACCUGAAAAGUUAUACAUCAGGCCUCAGUUGUUCAAAAGUUGGAUAGCGCUAUCCACCGAAUAAAUCACUAUCAAACGAAUAAGUGUUAGGGAAACCAAUUGCGCUAUUCAGUGGAUAGAGAUUUAUCCAGUGGAUAGCGUUAUCCACCUUUUGAACAACUGGGGCCUGUACUUUUAGUAGUGUUACAAAGACUAUUGAGGAAGAGAAUGGACCAUAGGAAUAAGUUUAAAAAUAAAGCCAGGGUCAUUAAAUAAAGAAUUCCUCUCACUCUCUUUACCUCAUGAGGUAAUAUUAUGAGGAACAUACAGUUAAAGUAAAUGUUAAAAUUGGUUACAAAAGUUGUUCAAUACUAUGCUACAUCUGCUGCUAAGGAAUAGAUAGAUAUAUAAAUUAUGUUAAAUACACAAAUCAUGCUAAUAUGCAUCUUGUUCUAUACUCGCUGCAUUGCUAUUUCAAAUGAUGAAGUUACUUCUUCUUUUUGCCACCUCCCUUCUUGUUGGGUGGCUUGUUUUUACCUCUCAUUGCAGCAAGCUUCACUACUUUUAGUGGUUUGGACUGCUUGCCAACUGCUACCUUAGUAAGCUCUUGCUCCCUAUUGGCUUUAACAGUUACUUCCAAAAAAGCAACAGAAAUUAAUGUUUAAUGAGUGUCUUUAUAUCUGAUAAAGACACGACUAAACUUUACGUCCAAUUUUUUAAGCCAAAAUAACCCUAAAUCUAAAUAUUAGUGCAAGAAUGAGUUGAUCUGUAUCAGUUUUUGAAGCCGUUCGAAAAACUCGCAGUCGUGUAUUAGCAGGUUGAAAAGUUCUUGGCUUCGCCUCGAGUUUUUAAACCUGAUAAUACACUGCUGCUCUCUUUUUAAACAGUUCACAUCAAAUUAUGAAAUAUUAAAAGUUAAAGUGAGAGAGGUCUUUCCAAAUAUUGAUUUUUUUCAUCUCAUACAGUUGUAGCUGCAUGAUUGGGGCCAAAAGGUAGCAUAUUUUCUUGAAAAAAUAAAAGUGUGCUUAUUAACAUCGCCACACCCGAGUGGAAUGAAUAUGAAGAGGAGGUUAACUGCUCCCCACAAAAUGAGCCUGCGACCCGAAGGGUGAGGGGGAAAUACAGUAAGGUGUGUGUUAUUACCUUGAUUACAGCUCUAGUGCUAUUAAAGUCAUUAAAAACCUACGAUACGUUUGCAGUUAUUCUGGAUAGAUACAUUACGUAAUGUAGUACAUGUUUUGGAAGUACUUCAGUAGUUUAUAAAAGUAAUAGCAGCCCCUCCACUCCUCAUAGUGGGGAAAUCCGAAUGUCACAAAAAAAAAACAUUUGAUUUCAUUAUAAGAUGAUGUCAGACCAAGAGAAAGGAUUUCCUUCAAUGCCUUCAAUGCCUAUACACUUUAAACGUCAGUUUUUAGUUUCAAAUCCCUAAUAAGUAUUAGGAAAACCAACUACGUCAUCCACUGGAUAGAUACUUAUCCAGUACCAUAACGUUGUCCCCCUUUUGUAACUACUGCGACCUGAACCUUUCAAGAUUACAUACCGCCGAAAGUACAAUUCCAUCAAGAACAUUAUUUUUAUUUAGGUAAAGAGCAAUCAGGGGACACCUUUUGACCAAUUGUUAUCUAAAAAACUUGUUUGAUGGAUUUGAGAUAAAUAAACAGCACCUUAGUUGCAGUGAGUGUUUCAACUAGCUGGCGUUCUAGCAAUUGAAUUGUAAAAGCAGUCAGCAGCCUCCACCUAUUGUUUUAAUUCGACUGAUCCAGGAUGAUACUAUGAGAUUAAGAGCAAGAUUUACAUAGCAACAAUACUUACCUCUGAAGAAGAAAGCUGUUUCUUUUAAUUUGAAAAGUAGAGCUGAAUAUCUCUGUCGAUCCAGAAAGACAAAUUUCGGGGAAGGGAAUUGUCAUAACAAAAACACCGUGCCCGUACGUGGAAAAUUAAAGUUAAGCCCUUCAAUUGGGUGUGGCUCCAGCUUGAUUUGACCACUAACUCGUCCCCAGUCAUCUCUUAUUAUUUUGUAAGCGGUCAAGGAACGGUUGCGGGAGACUAUUAGACACUGGUACGAAGGGGACGAUGGGAAGGUGAAAGGGGAAAGGAAGUCUCUUUCCUCCUUCCCAUCACCCCCCUCACUUCCCUUCACCGCACUUCUCUCGUUAAUAUUAAUAGGAGACUGAGAGACAACUGGAAACGAGUCAGGAUUUGACCCCAAUACUCCAACACUAUGACGGCAUUUGCUACUUUUAUAUAGCUUAAUCUUUAUGCACAACCCUCAGCAAUUUUUUAUGGGUUAAAAAUAAUCGCAUCGAAUCAGACCAAAAUCUGAAAUUUCUUCUCUCAAAGUGACGACGAGCAUCACCUUCAUUUUCAUAUGGGAAUCCGGCAUAUAAACAAUUACUAAAAAAUUACAUCGAUUCGAGAUUCUUUCUGCCUUGAAACUUUCGCGCACCGGCUCUAUUAGGCUGCCUCCUCGCAUCCUCGCGUCUUCGCGACGUUGUUCGUUGGCAGUAACUUAUUUCUACUUACAGUGGACUCCGAUAACUCGAACCCUCAAGGGAAAACGAGUUUUCGGGAGCUCGAAGAAAAUAUCCGGUAGUAAGGAAAAGAACAGUUUUUACGGCACAGUAACCAUUUAAUCACGUUUACUUGUAGAAAUGUCAAAUGAAAAUUGAAAGAUUCUUCAUGAUUAUAAAUCAGAAUGUAACGUAACAAAUAGCCUAAUUAGAGAAUGCGUUUUACUGUUUUGAGAAGUAAAGCUGUUUCACGUUAGAUUUGUGGCAAACAACAUCAGCCUCCACUAGUAAACUAUAAUAUGCCUACAACACGUCAAUGGGAAAUUCAAAAUUCAAUGUUUCGGACGCCAUUAGACUUUUUUCCCCGACUUUUUGAGGUUUUAAGGGCUCAAAACUCCAUGGUUCGAGUUAUCGAGGGUAAAAUUACAUAGAAAUGCCCCUCAGGGGAAACAAAAACUACUUCGAGUUAGCGGGAGAUUCGAGUUUCCGAGGGUAAAAUUACAGUAAAUACAUGACGAAAAUCCAGGGGGAAUCUAUUUUGGUUCGAGAUAGCGCGAGGUUCGAGUUAUCGGGAGUGAACUGUAUUCCUUCCUGGGCGUGAGUAGCGCGACUGAGUUCGGCAUGCAAGGCAGUAGCUGACUACAUUUGAAACACACUCCAAGCAGUGGAAUGCCUAAGUGUAAGAUCGCGAGGAAAUACGAGUUGAACCAAAAUUAAGGGAAAUCAGUUUUUUUACCUAAUUUACUACCGUACAUAAACACCUAAGGUUCAUUUCGUUUCUAGUAGCUUCUAGUCUCGACUCCUUUGACAGUGUCUGAUCACAAGUAUCGAUCAUACAAUCAAUACAAUUAAGCUAAUUGUCAGCGAAGUUUCUUUGUAAUUAUAAAUCAUUAAAAAUUUCACUGUUAAUAUUAUAAUGGAACUAUAUUUUUAACAAAUUCAUGCUUGAAUCAGACGUUUAAGAGUUAGAUGGAUUUUUUUAAGAUGGAGGAACUGGAUAUCAGUUUCGGUUAAUGGUCAAUAGAGUAGGGUCCUAUAAUAUCACCUCAAAGCUCAAGAUUUCAAUUGAAUUUGUCAAAUUGAAAGUACAGUCUUUAUUUUGAGCACUGGACCAGACUCUGGUCGGCUAAAAGAGCAGGGGCACCCAACGAGAAUAUAGUUCAAAACCACUUAAACAUAGCAUUGUUAAACGUAUUUUAGUAUUUAAACGGUAGAUAUAGGCAUAUUUACAUCCCCUAAAAAUUUUUCAUCUGUUCGGAUUUUCUAGCUGAAAGUCUAGUGAUCCGAAAAUUAUAGGGAUCAAAACUUACCUUUUCGAAAAUUUCAGCCAGAAAAAAGGCUCCCGAAAAUUCUAGGUGACCUUUUUAGGGUAAAAACCCGUUAAAAAUAGGCAAUUAUACCAUUUUUUAGAUGUUCGAAAAUCCUAGGAGAGACGGGCAAGCAAGAAAUUUUACAACAAAUGUUUAGAAAAUUCUAGAUCUCAAAUCGUCUUCCGAACAGAUAUUCUUCCGAAAAUUGUCGUUGGGUGCCCCUGAAAGAGGUCCACACUUUAGUAUCAAAGAUAGAAGCAGACAUCCUGUAGGCAAGAGAAAUAUUUCCGCCAAGACAGUUUCAUUUUUCUAGUACGUAGUCGAAAGGUGCUAUUUAUUACGCAACCUAUUGCCUACAGUGUAUGUUACUGGAAUGCAAAUUUUACAUCAGUACUUCAAAGUAAACAAUUCAAGCAACACGCUCAAUUUUCAAACAAACAGACCAUGACAAUGAUUUCCGCAUCCGAUUUUUUGAGUGAAUGUUUUAGUAAAAUGCGAAAACUUCGCACAAAGCCGGGCUCAACUACCUCGCGACUCAUUCAUGUUAUGCCUUGUAUCCGUGACUAUCUUAGAAGAUGACAUUUUCAAAACUCAGUAAAGAGGAAGACCGAACACAGCAUCGCGUUUUGAAUUUUUUUUAGACGGCUUUAAGUGAAGAACUGGCCAUGUUUACAUUGAGAAUACUAUAGACCCAUGCACUAAAGCACUCGUGACAGGCAGAGACGACAAUUUAUUACACAAGUAUACUGGCUGGUCUAAAGUCUAAGAAAGGGUCCUGUUUGAAAUUGUUAGUAUCGUUUUUAAGUUACUUGAACUUGUGUUUCGCGCUAACAGAAAACAAACUUGCCGUAACUGACGAGUGAAUGCGUAGAAGAGCGCAUUUCACUGGCGUCAGAAAAAGAAAAACACAUAUUGAAUAAUCCAAAUAUACUAUGUACAAUCCAGUUCAGGCGUAGUCGUAAAACUUGGACUUCUCUCAGAAUUGCAUUCUUCAUGAUAUAAUAAAGCUUCUAUAAAACAGAAAUCGAUCAAAGAAAAAAAAAAUUCCCUCAUCACCCACCCCACCCGUUACCCCACCUUUGCUUCUGACUGCCCCACCCUCCCUUCCCUAGCCCAAUUACUCUUCUAAAACCUCUCUUUCCUUAUUUAUACAUGCAAAGAAAACAAAGUGGAAAUUUCUCUUCACUGGAAUCGCGAUUUUUCAAACCACUUUGUAUGGGAAAGGAAAUUUGUUCCAGUUAUCGGCAUUUUGAAGAUCGGUGGUAAACAGUGUUUGGCUGGUGAAGGGAAGCUAGGUUUGCUUCAAAAUAUGGGGAAUUUCAAGACUCCGAGAGUUCGAGAAUCGUGAUUCUAUUGUACUUUACCGAUCGCUCUGAACAACAGUAAAGCAAGAUGGCUUGAAAGAAUCCUUGUUCCGUUCAACAAGAAGUUGCAUAAUAGGUUAAUUCCUCUCAGCUCACGCUGACUCAUAAAUUGUCUCCUAGAAGACGAAACCUUGAUAAAUGGCCGGAUAUUUGGAGGGUAUGUAUUCAAUAGUUUUAUCAUGUUAAAACUUGGACGGAGGCUAAAAUGUCGGUUCUUUUCUAGUUUAACUACAAAUUUCUCAAUGCAAUCGCAUAGAAACCAGGAGCUCCUAUCGACUGUUUUUUGUGAAUUAUCUGUUCGGAGAAGCAAAUAUUGCCUAGAAUUUUCUAUUACUUGAGGGCUGGACGGCUAACACUUUCUAGAUGACCAUUUCACUCAUAUAUAUAUAUUUCGAAACUUAGCUAAUAAAUUCGCUACGAUUUUCUAAAGUUUAAUUUUCACAUUUCACUUCCAAAGUUAUGCCAUUUUUCGCGGAGAAAAGGAAACCUAAAAUUUUCGGACUCAAAAAUUCAAAGGGGAGCUUGAGAAAUCAGAAAAUGUCUCACUUUCGUAAUACGUCAAACUGCAUCUAAGAUUUUCGGGAAAUUAAUGCUUAAUCCCCUGCAAUUUCGAAAAUACACAAGUUCCCCUAGGGUGACCGAACAGAUUUAAAUUUUAUAACGGCACUUAGAAAUCAUUUCUAGACAUCUAAAAGCACUCUGGAUUGCCUAAAAAGUGUUAUCAAUGUAUUUAGGAGAAAACCGUCCGUUGGGUGCCCGUGAGAAACCGCAUUCGCAUCAGUUGCGGAUUCCUUUCAAUAUCAUUUCGAUUUUACACUUUCAAUUUUAAACUUCGGAAUACAAAAAUGUACAAUUUCAUAGUACAUAUCAAUCAGGAAGUUGAUCAUGUGUCCAAGCAAAGAUAAAAUAGAAAUAAAAUACUGAAAAGUGUCAUUAAAAACUGAACUAUUAAAUAUAACCCAGUUUCCAAAACUCGACGAAUAGCGACAAAGAAUCUCUGAUCGGGAAUAGAAAUUAAAGUGAUCGAUCGAUACAAAAGAGCCACGCGUCAUAAAAUCUAUCCAUUUUCGCAGUCUUUUUCCCUCAGCUUUACUCACGCCAUCAUCCCAAUACAUAUGCGUUCUUAACCAAGAAGAGGUACGUAAGCAGGUAAGACGAAAAAUAAACUGGUCAGAAUCUGAAGAAAUAUUAAAAGAAAAAUCGUCCAAAAACAAGGACAGCAAAUAUAUAUCAUCGAGCUCGAAAAAUCUUCAAUAGAUGGGUUGUUAAAGAGAGAUUUCGGGUUACGUGUGACUUAUGAAGCAGAUCUUGAGUGAGAGCGAACGUGUAAUAAGAUUUAGAAGUCUUAGAAGUUCCACGACUUUCGCAUCUUUCAUUUCGUUUUCACAUCGUCAGUAUGAAAAGUGUUUUCACCCAUUAAUUUGCGACGCCAUAUGAAAAUUCAGAAAGAUAUUAAAUUUAAUAAUCUCCCAGAGAAUUCGUCCUCCGGUCUUAAAGAGACCCGACGAGAGUGCAGUAUCAGUGUUAAUUAAGAAACUAAAUAUUACAAAAACAGGGACUCCAGUUUUCUUCUGUUUUUUCCAAGUCCGAGGUAAUAGAUCCAUGAUUACCCUUCAUGUAUGCUGUGGCUCGCAGUAAAAGAUGCCAUUUUAUUGGAUGAAUCACUGACUGACAAAAAACACUACAGCCAAUAGCAUUGCUCGUUGGAACAUAGGUAUACAAUGUCCUCUUAACUUGUUCCUGCGAGCACAGAAUGAUGAUGCAUGAAUAUCACAAAAUAGUCGGGAAAACGAAGACAAGACAAGAAUUAAGGCUUAAAAACAAAAAUAGGGUAGGUUUGUAUAUUUUUACUUAACCGUGGAUUCUUUAAAAGAUACGUUACGUAUUCAUAGUAAUCACAAUUUUCCUAUUUCCCUUACUCUGCAUUCCUUUGAUUUGUCCACUGAGACAACUGCGGUGCAACUGGAAAUCUUAGAGGUAAGUUGUAUGCCUCAUAAUAAAUUAAACCGUGUCUGUGCGAGGUUUUGAAAAACAUCUCCGUCGACUUUUUUAGAAAAUGUUUUAGAAAUGAACUCGUCAAAAGGCGAAUAUUAUAAGAAUGGUCAAUUCUUCUAAAACUGAUUAAUCGUCCCAAAAUUAAGCGUCUUGCAGUCUGAUAAUAAUUUAGCCUCUCGUUGUAUUAGCUUCACUCUCUAGAGUGAAUUCAGUUAAAAAUCCUUAACUUGAACAGUGCUGCACACUUUACACUUUUCGGAUUUUUCAAAUUAGUGAUUUAAAGCUUGCUACCGUGUGUUAAUCAUUCAACAUAUAUAUGAUGUUCAGUCUAUCAAAAAAGCGUAGCAGUAGUUCUUUUUGAGUUGUGCCAAAAAUCUAAAAAGAAUUCUUCAGAACUGACUGAGCUAAUUCAAGGAGUCAAAAGUGUCAGAGUUAAGAUUUAAAAAAAGAGAGAAAGAAACAAGGAUAUAUUUCGGGAAUUUCACUGUCUGUGCCAGUUAAAACCCCCUCAACACAAGAACCUGUUUAGCCUAAAAUUUAAAACAGGUUCUUAUUUAAAAAUGUUUUAAAAAAAUUUUGUACGCUCGGAAAAUAAAAAAGUCAACAUUCAGGAUCCCGUUUGGAGACAUAGGUGAUUUAUCAAUCCAACUGGAAUGUAUUGGUAUGCCGGUGAUUUCAUGAAGGAUAAGCUGAACACAACUAAAUACUCUUUUUUUUAGCUACAAUGUAGUUAUUUCCAUUUAUGUAAGAACCUGUUUUGGCUAAUUUGGGAAAACGCAGCUUCUUAGUCGCGGUUUUUACUGAAUAGCCUCUAAAGCGUCUUCAGAACAGUUACACUGAUAAAUACUUUGAUUGGCAAAUCUGUCGCAUGCAAAAUAGUUUUCCAAAAAUUAUAUUUGCUGAUAUUAUUAAAUUGUCACGUCAGUGCCCUCAGUUCAAACUUGGUUCAACGUGUAUCUCAAAGGAAGUUUACAUAGUUCGCAUCAUUGGCCGGUUUUCAAAAUAAUUGCUUAACGUCAACUCGUUUUAACUUGCAACUUAAAUAAAACAAAAGAAGUACAUGACUCUUUUCAAUUCGUCGAUUAAGACCGACUGAUUUACAUGUAACCAAUAAGAAUACUUCUAGUAACUUACAUUUAACAAUCUUUCAAACUUGUCCCAAACACGUUUUUACGUAAACUUGGUCUAAAUAGGGCAUAAAAACCUUCGUACUGGUGAAAAAAUUAUCAUUCCUCUUCGGAUCAGUACAGUCGUUCAUACAAGCAAGGUAGGACUUGAGUCAAUGUUCCCAACAAUCUUUCAUAUCAAACUAAUAUACUCAGUUUAAUUAAACAAUAGCUUGGAGUUCUUUUCACGUGGUUUUAAUUUGAACUAUUUCUUUUCACGAAAUAUUUAAAUGUAACGGGCUUACUGCUACUAGUUUUGUUUAGUUGUGCUUAAAUCUUAAACGAACGCUUUAACGAAAUGUCCAAAAGUUUUAAGAGUCCGUGUAAGUCCCAUAUAUAAUUGCAAGGGCAUAGUAUUGUUUUCAAGUAAUGCUAAAAGCUGACCUGAAAUUGAUGAAUGAAACCCGACGAAACUGAUAUUUUUUCUCCAAGACAAAUAGUAACUUCGCCACAGAUCAUCAAUUCGCGUUGCUUGUUAUCUGCAUUUUCAAUUUUUUUUUUUUAGCAAAUCAUUGAAACCGAUGCCUUUUUAAAGAUAUUCGGCCAUAAUUUUGAGCGUACUCCUGUUUUCACAGGUUUCCUCAUCAUGCAAACCUUUAUAAAGAUACCGCUGGCUAUUGUGUUAUGCGGGCUGCUCUUACUGCUGAUUACCUUGUGUUCCGCAAAUGACAACAACAGCAGCAAGCCACGUGACAAGGUGAGUUUGUUUAAUCAAACAUUGUAAUAUAUAGCUUUAAUAUAUGAGAAGUGAAAGUCAGUCAAUGGUACCUGAACUAUUAACCUGAAAGAAGUUAGUGAGGUAGAAUGAAUGAACGGUGAGUUUUUAUUUAAGGAUACUUGACUAUUAAAGGUUAAUUGAUUGACUUAAUCAAUUGAUCAUGAAUUUUUAAAUUUUUCAUUUAGAGUAUUCCUCAACAGACUUCAUCUUAUGGUUCCUGUGGUCAUGGUGGGUGUUUCUGUGCACCAGGAAUUCCAGGCAUCCCAGGAAGCCCUGGACCCGCGGGACCAGCAGGUGUCGCGGGAUCACCCGGUAAUCAUGGACCUGAAGGACCCAUGGGCCCACGAGGAAACAAAGGUGAUGAAGGAGCUCGUGGAAGACCGGGAGCACCAGGCGUCAAAGGAGAUAAAGGACCUGCAGGCCCGGCAGGUCCACGUGGGGACAAAGGUGAAGCAGGUUCAGCUGGUUCCCCUGGAAACAAGGGUGAUACAGGUGCUCGUGGAAGUCAAGGUCCCCUAGGUCCAAAGGGUGCUCCAGGAUCAUUUGGUCGUAAUUGGAAACACUGCGUUUUUAAGAAUCUGAAUGAUGGAAGGGACUCUGGAUUGAUUAAGGUAACUGCUGAGUUGGUUGUGCUAGUUUCUAUAAAUCAAACCAAAGCAAAAUAAGAAGUCUGGCUUUGAAAUUUGCCUAAUUACUUGUAACGCUCAUUGGUUAAGUUCUUUCAGGAAAAGAUGCGUGUUUCUAAACUUGUACGAGAUAUACUAUUCAUGGAAUGAUACGAAAUGCAGUAAAAAAGGUCCAAGUUCAAGAUCAGUUUGAGAUAUACGUAUAUCUUUUGGUCUGAAUUUGAGUGAAAUACGUCAUGGCCUUCUAUACUACUUAAUUGUUCCGAGGUCUAAGCUAUCUACUACAGUUAAGGGUAAAAUCAUUACAAAACUAGAUUAACCAGCUAUAACCCAGUAAAGAGUGAGAGGAGUUCCAGCAAUCCUCUUUGCAAAAAUGAGUUUGCUUGUUGAUCCAUGGUUAAAAUGUUUCCAGGGAGAAAUUUCUUACUGAUACAGCGAGUGAUAUACACGGCUUUCAGAUCCGUUUUUCCUGACUGUCAUGAAUCAAUUAAACGGGCAUGUUUAAUUUCGGUUCACCUAGUUCAGAUCUUUCUUCUUCUGACGAUUUUAAAGGAAUGCAUUUUCAAGAAAACAUCAGAUACCACUGGAUUGCGGGUCUUCUGGAAUGGAAAUCUUCGUCUCCAUAACUGCCAUGAUUGCUGCAGGAGAUGGUAUUUCACUUUCAACGGUGCUGAGUGUUCAGCACCAGCAGCCAUUGACGGUAUAGUCUACAUGGUAUAUGGAAACAGCGCCAAAAAGAAUUUGCACCGUGUGCGUCACAUCGAAGGAGUCUGUGAGAAAAUCCACAAGGGUCCUGUUCGCGUGGGAUUCUGGGUGGGCAAUUGUGCUGGUUACGGAUCUGCUGAUGCUCAGACAGGCUGGAACUCAGUAUCCCGGAUAUACGUGGAAGAAGUACCUCCCCCACAGGCUUAA